AUGUCGACCUCAUUGGGCCAGCGACCUUCGAACGACACAAUGGACAAGGAGGAGAAGGCUGCGGAUGCUAAGCCGCUUGAGCGUGUUCCACCUAAUGGCGGUGCCAAAGCUUGGGCGUGCGUGGCGGGCUCGUUUCUGUUGCAGUUCUGCUCCUUCGGUUAUGUCAACGCAUGCGGUAUCUUUCAACUCUAUUAUUCCGAGACCAUGUUCAAAGAUCAGACCUCGUCCUCUUUGGCCUGGAUUACCACUCUUCAGAUCUUCCUUCUGUUCAUGUUCGGACCCGCCGUUGGCAAGCUUAUUGAUGUCUACGGAUGUCGCAAGCUGCUGCCACCAUUCAGUGUCUUUGCGGUCUUUUCGGUUUGCAUGUUGAGCCUGUGUAAGCAAUACUGGCAGGUAAUGCUGGCUCAAGGUGUCGCAUUCGGACUCGCCGCCGCCGGACUAUCUCUCCCUGCAAUGGCUACCGCAACACAAUGGUUCUCGACCAAGAAAGGUUUAGCAGUGGGCAUUGUCUCGUCUGGCAGUAGUUUAGGUGGCGUUAUCUAUCCAUGCAUGCUGCCGCGUCUGAUACAACAAGUAGGAUUUGCAUCCGCUGUCCGAUGGACCGCUUUGAUGCAGGGCAUCCUCCUGUUGAUUGCAAAUCUUCUUUGCUCCUCUCCAUUUCCUCCAUUGAGCAAAGUGUCCCCGGCAGAAAAGGACGCUGCUCCAAAAAGUGGGAUCCGUGGCUUUAAGAGCUGGCCUUGGGCAUUUUUUGUCCUGGGAUGCUUCUUUACCAUGUGGGGCCUCUUCGCACCCUUGAACUACUUGCCGGAGAUGGUCUCUCUUCAUGGUUACGAGGACUUCGCCCAAUACAGCUUGGCUAUCGCUAACGCCGGAUCGCUGGUUGGUCGGAUUGUGCCAGGGUGGGCAAGCGAUGUCAUCGGCCAAUUCAACGCUAUGUGCUUGGUGACUACACUGUCCGGUAUCUUGGUACUGGCAUUUUGGCUUCCCUUAGAGUUCCACACGUCUCUCGCUGGAAUCAUCGUCUUUGCCUUGCUCUAUGGCUUUGUCAGUGGCGGAUUCGUCAGCCUGGGACCCCCCUGUGUUGUCGCCCUCGCGGAAGAUCGUGUUGACGAGAUUGGCGUUAAGCUUGGAGGAUUUUGCUUGGGAAUUGCUCUUGGCGCUUUGACAGGUCUCCCUAUCGAAGGAGCCAUCAAGGACAGAGAGGGAGACAAAUUCACGGGCUUAAUGUGCUUUGCGGGAGCAACCAUGAUCCUUGGAGGAAUAUGUACGGCGGCUGCCCGGAUUAUCAAGGGUGGUCCUCAAAUCUUGAAAAGGGUUUGA